ACGAACCAAGAAGAACAUAUACGAUACAAAGUGGAGCCAAGAAGAGGAAGAGGAGGCUCCGUGGACGCAAAGAUGGAGGCAGUGCCGCGGCUGCCUAUGCUCGGCUUUGAACUAAAAUCCAGUGCUGAGAGCGUCGAAUUUGCACCCAAACUACGACAGUACAUCCGGGACCAUUAUAAUGAAGACCCAGAGAGCUACAGCACGGAAAUCCAUGAGCUGGAGAGCCUCCGGGCGUCAGCCACCCACGCUCCCCAUGACUUCACCGGCUGUUCCCUGCUCAAGAAGUACUAUUGUCAGCUGCACUUCCUCAUGUCCAGGUUCCCCCUCAGUGAGAACCCCAGCAUAGCCGUAACGUUCAACUGGUACGACAUAUACUCCAGCGUGGUGUACAAUGUGGCGGACAUCAAGUACGAGAUGGCGUGCAUCCUCUACAACAUCGGGGCGCUGCACACAGACCUUGGGGCCAUGGAUGCAAGGAACACCCCUGAUGGCAUGAAGAUCAGCUGCACCCAUUUCCAGUGUGCCGCAUGGGCCUUCCAGCACCUACGGGAGACUUACCCUCAGCCCCGGGAGUCAGACCUCAGCCCAACGCUCCUCACCUUCAUGUACAAUGUGGCACUCGCCCAGGCUCAGGAGUGCAUUCUCGAGAAGAGUAUGACUGACAACCGCAAGCCCACCAUCAUAGCCAAAGUAGCCAUGCAGGUGGUGGAGUACCUGAAGAAUGCCAUGAAGAGCCUCUGGCCUGGGAAGUCCACAGACGCAGUUGUUAACGAGAUUGUUGGAUCCAGAAAACUAAAGAUGUGGCGGAGGUACUGUGAGUUCAAAAUGGCAUACCAUGGAGCUGUGGCGUUGCUGUACCAGGGGAUGCAGGCAGAGGAGCAGCAGAAGAUGGGGGAGCGCCUCGCCUACUACCAGGCAGCGGUUGAUGGUUUGACCGAAGCCUCAAAGCUGGCCAAGAACCUGGAGCAGCAAGAGCUCAUAACGGAGAGCCUGACGUUCUCCCACGACGUGAUGGGAGGCAAGCUCACCGCCGCCCAGAAGGAGAAUGAGUUUGUUUACCAUGAGAAGGUGCCUCCCAUCGCCUCCCUGCCCGAGGUGAAGGGCGCCUCACUAGUGAAGGGCAUCGCUUUCAGUGUCAACGAUGUGGAGGUGUCGGGCCAGGACAUCUUCCAGAAGCUGGUGCCACUGGAGGCUCACCAGGCGUCCUCCAUGUACAGUGAGGAAAAGGCCAAGCUGCUGCGGCAGGUGGGCACGGCGAUACAGGAGAAGAAUGAGGAGCUGGAGACUUACCUUGCCUCCAUGCAGCUGGACACCCUUGCCCUAGACUCCAACUCAGAUUCUCUGCCACAGGAACUUGUGGAGAGCUGUGCCGACCUGAAUGCCAGCAGCGGGGUCAAGAAGCUGACAGACAUCAUGGCAAAGAUAUCUAACUUCUCCCAUGACAUAAAUGCAGCUUUAGAAGACAUAAAGAAAAUGCUUGCGGAGGAGGAUGAAAAGGAGAAAGAGUUCCUGGCCAUGAUGGGGAAGAGAGGACCCAACAUGAUCCUUGGCGAACUGAAACGCGAGGCAGGCAAGUACCGAGAGGCCACUCAAAGCGCCCAGGACAACAACAUGGCCCUCCACCGUGCCAUCACCACCCACCUCCCCAACCUGCAGCUCCUCUCCAAGCCUCUGGACCAAGUGCUGGCCGCCAUUCCCUCCAUGACCAGCGUUGAGGCCCAAGGAGACCCGGCAGCCAAGCAGGAGGUGAAGCGGCUGCUCGGCAAGGUCCAUGAGAUGCAGGCACAGCGCUCCAAGUGGGAUGCUCAGCUGCGCACGGACAUCCAUAAUGAUGACGUCACCAAGCAGCUUGUGACCAACCAAGAGGACAUGGAGGACUUCUUUAAGACAGAACUGAAAAAGCACGACAAAUUGGUUGCCUUGUUGGAGCAAAACAUGGCUGCUCAGGGCAACAUCCUGCAGGCACUCUCAGAGGCCAACGCUGCCUAUGCCACCACACGGAGGCUGACCAACCAGGUGCAGGCACAGCGGGCAGAGAUGAUUUCAUCCCUCAUGGCAUCAUAUAAUGCUUACCUCAACAUCCUGAAGAAGGCUGAGGAUGCUAAGGAGUUCUAUCACAAGCUGGAAGGACAGGUCAACAAGCUGUCCUCCAGAGUCAAGUCUGUGUGUAGGGUCCAGGAUGAGGAGAGGGAAGAAAUGCUUUCUGCAAAUGUGAAGAAAUUUACUGGAGGUGUCCUUGGAGCUAAGAAAGGCACAGCAUUGCCAAAACAGCCCACUAAUGUAGAUGUGACCUCAAGUACAGGAGGAGGACCCAAGCUGAAAGAUUACCUGCAGCAUAUGAAGGGUGGCAGUGGCAUGGCAACAGCAGGAGUGCCUGGAGCAAGCAUGGCAGCCACACACCCCGGGGCGGUAGGGUAUGAUCCCAAUGCCUCCUACGUCAGUGGCGUGAGACCUGCUCCUUUAGGCUCUGAGCAGAGUGAUCCCUUGACCUCAUGCAGUGGACAGGCGAGUGCUGGAGGCUACACUACAAGUUACACUGGGCCAACCUCAGCAUAUCACCCCUCGGCCCCCUCCCCAGGCCCCUCCCCUGCCCCACACACCUCAGGCUCCCCUUACAAGACCCCUUACAGUGCCCCAGGGAGCCAAUACUACCCACAGCAGACUGGAGCCUCCACCUACCCAGCUGCCUCUGGUGGGAUGGGCUAUGUCCCAGCUCAGAGCUCCACAGGGUCUGCAGCAAACACUUCAGCCCCAGCACCUGCCAGUACGGCAGUUGCCCCUCAGCCAGCCUCCACUACAGCCAGCCACCCAGGAGGUUACAUGCCCACCCAGCCUGGAGGUCAGCACACUGGCCCUUACAGUUAUGGUUCUCAGUAUCCUUACUAUGGCUAUCAGAACUUGCCUGCAGGAGCUACUAGCACACAUACUUCUGGUACACCUCAGACCCCAGUGCAGCACACUACACCCAUGGGAGUAACUCAGCAUCAGCCUCAGCAGACACAGCAGCCACAACAGCCACAGCAAACACGGCCACAGCCUCCCCAGCAACCACAACCCCAGGCUCCGCAGCCACAGCCAGCCCCAGGAUAUUCAGCCCCUCUACCCACCAGUUACGGAGCAACCACACACACAGCAACAACCAGUGGACCGCCAAGGACUGCACAGACCCCACAGGUCCAUGGCACCAAUACCCAGGGCUACUAUGGCUACUACCAGCAACAGACCGGAACUGUCUCCACCCCAGCAGCAGCAGGAGCAGUGACCCCACAGAGCUACCACCCUUUCCAGUAUGCCCAGAACCAAGGCCAGUACAUUGGCUCCAUGUACAUCCAAGCAGGCUCCCACUACUCAGCCAACAGUAAGCAGAAUGUUAGCAAGGCAGGUGGUGUGGUGUACUCCAACCAGUCUAUCUAUGCAGGCCAGGCUGAGCCAUCAAUUAAGGGCCAGCCACCACCAGUCAGCACCCAGGCAGGACCAAGACAUCCAUUGCAGACAUUCUCCAGCUUAUCAGUCACCACCCCACAGGCAGCUAACCUCUACACCCACUGGAAUAUGUAUGCCAAUUAUCCGCAGGGUGGCAUCGCAUCCACCAGCGUCAGCCAGGCUGGCUCUGCCUCCACCAACACCAGCAAGUCUGGCAUGCCGGAUUGCCCAUUCUCCAACACCUUAGCCACCACCACAGCAACUACCACAGCCACUACCGAUGUCAACCAAGCAGGCCCCAAGACAACUCCUGCGCCUGUACCCAGUUCCUUUGUGCCAGGGGCUCAGUAUAAUCAGCCAAUGCUGUGGGCCCAGUAUACUGGCAGUCAACAGCAGCAGCAGCAGCAGCAGCAACAACCACAGUAUCAGCCCAGACUUCCCCAGACACAACAAGCACCGUCACAGCAACCACCACAACAGAAAUCACAGCAACAGCAUGGUCAGACUUACUCUCAGCAGCCACAGCAGUAUCCACAGCAAGCCUACCCUCAACAUCAGACACACCAGUACCCAGUUAAGCUGCAGCAACACCCAGGACAGUACCCGGCUCACUCCCAACAGUACCCCUACACACAGCAACCCCAGCAGCCACAGCAAGUGCCCCUCCAGCCAUCACAACAGCCACCCGUUCAGCCCCAGCAGCCACAUCCAUCCCAGCAACCCUUGCCUCAGCAGCAGCAGCAGCCUAGACCACCUGUACCACCUCAACACCCGCAGGGAGCUACCUCCACCACUGCUGCCACCACCACCACCACCACCACCACCACCACGGCCACCUCAGCAACCUCUGGCAUCUCCAACUUGGAUCUCUUGUCUGGUAUUGAACUCACCUCCCCCCCCAACUCCCAGUGGUCACCCCUCAUGCCCCAGCCAGCAGGAAGCAGCAGCACAGCAGAGCCAGCAGGUGUGGGAGGACAAGCUCCUGCUCAGUCUGGCACAGCUCCUGAUGUUACGUCCUCGGCCGCCGCUGCUGCCGCCGCCACGUCCGCCCAGCAGCUGCCAGUCUCUGGGAGCAACUUGCCCAACAUUGUGUCAAGUAACACUGCUGCAGCGACCACCACCAGCAGCACCACCCCGCCAGUCCCCCUCUCCUCCGCAUCCAUACUGGACCUUACUGCCCUGGCCAAGAGUCGUAGGCCGUGUGUCGUGGACCCACUCACAGACGAUGAGAAGCUGCAGAAAUUGGCAGUGGAGACGGAGCGGCUGAGCAAGGUGGUGGAAGGACUGGACCGCAAGUCCCUCAACGGUCCCACCAACCUCGAGCUGAAGUGGAAGGAAAUGGUGGAUGCCGUGGAGAAGGAGUGCGGCGACCUCAAGGUGUCCGUGGCAAGGUGUUAUCCCCUCAAGAACAGGUUUGCAGACAUCCUCCCCUUUGACCACACGCGCGUCAUCCUCUCCUCCUCCCCCCGAGAUGACUACAUCAAUGCUUCCCAUGUCCAGCUCAAGUCAAUAGGAGAAAGCUUCCCCAUGAUCCUGACACAAGCUCCAGCGCCCUCCACCUUCCUGGACUUCUGGACGAUGGUUUGGGAGCAGCAAGUGGAGCUCAUCGUGUGCCUCAACUCUGAUGCUGAGGUGAAGGGACAGGUGUACCACGGCAGCGAGGUGAGUAGCAGUGUGGACUACGGCCCCUACUCAGUGACGGUGCACAGCCUCCGCGCUGGCAGCUCCUCCACCUCGUGCCACCGUGUGCUGCAUGUCACCCAGCGCUCCACCAAGAUCACCCGUGUCAUCAUCCACCUCCAGUUUCUUGGUUGGCCGCCCAGUGCUAUGCCGGAGACGCCGGGGCCGCUGCUGCAAUUUGUCGGGGAGGUGCACGCCUUCCAGCGGCAGCAGAGGAACAAGCUGCGGCCCGUGGUGGUGCACUGCGUCCCGGGCCUGGGCAGGUCGGGGGUGCUCACUGUCCUCUCGUCAUUCAUCAAGGAAAUUCAUAGCAGUGGUGGGCUCCUGGACCUGACCUCCCUGGUGGUGGAGCUGAGCAGGCAGAGGCGUGGCGGUGUGCAGGACAAGGACCACCUCUACUUCCUCUUCUUCGCCUCCCUUUACUACGCCCAGGAUGUCCUGAUGAAGCGAGGCAUCUUAACCAACAAGGCCACUUUUGAGGAGGGUCCCAGAGAAAAGACUCAUGUACGCCACCCCUCAGCUGACCUCCUCUCUUCGUAUGACCUUUCCCGGCUUAAGAGUAAACUUGGAUUUGACCAAGAAAGUGGCAAGUCAGGCAGUGAUGAAGAUCGUCCGCGCAGCAACUCAGCCGCUUCCCUCCUCAGUAAUGGCUCAUCCUCUGCCUUUGAGGAACCAGCAGUGAAGGAGGGGCAGAAGGAAGGGACUAAGGCAUCCGAACCCUCCAGCAGAGCCUUAAUAGGGAGUGUAGAACCUGAGGCCAAUGGUGAGUCCUGGAAGACUGCUGGGGAGGACAAGGAGGUGGAGGUUGAGGAAGGCACAGCGGCCAAGACAAGUGGACUAUUGGACUCAAGCUUUGCCUUCCUCCCUCCAAGUCUGGCAGCCAGUCUGGACCCUCUGCAGUUCAAACUUGAGCCUCCAGUGUUAGGAAAGCCAAGCAAGAUAACAAAAGAGAGCUUUGAGAACCUUGACAGUGGAGGUUUGAAGAAGCCUGAUGACCCAAGUGAUCCUUUCAGCGAACUGGAUCCCCUUUGGUCACACAAGAAGCCUACAUCUUAGUGGACAGGUAUACUAAAGCUCCUUCAUGCAAAGAAAUGAUCUGUAUAUUGUAUGUCUGUUGGUCAGUGCACACCAUAUGAAUUAGUACUUGUAUCAGGAAGGAAAAAAAGUACUGUGGAAAACUGAGCCAAGGUAUAAAAAUGAGUUUUCAAAAUAUUAAUUGAUUGAAGCUUUAUAUUUUGAUGAUCACUUAUUUUUUUUACCUCAGCUCAAUUUUCUUGAGCAUUGUUUUCCCUGAUAUAAUUAUUAAUUGGAAUGGUACACAUGGCAGGCAUAACCCACAUAUAGAGCAUAUCAAACUAUAAAUGGAUUAACCCUUAAUUGAAAACUCAAAUAAUGGCUGUAAUUAAUCAAAGGUGCUUCUGUGUACAGGGCAGCACUGUGCUCACUGGUCCUGUCUGGAGCCAUCUACUCGACGCCUGAGGGACCAGUGAGCCCGGUGCUGCCCUCCACACCGAGGCAGCUGUAAGAGUCCCUCACUGUUCAUCUGUGUCUGUGUAUGUCCAGUAGUGUUGUGACAUAAGAGAUUGUUUCAUCUAUUUUUAUGCCAGUGGUAUUUAUAGGUACUCUUAAGGGUGACGUGCUAUUUAUUCCAUUCUUGCUUCAUUAGGUCAGAAAUUAUACACUUGUAUCUCGUUAUCACUCGGCUCUGUUGAUCCAUAGAAAUGACAUAUAUACCUACCAUUAGGGAUGUAACAUAAGAUUUCUGUAGUAAUAUGUUUUUGGUCCAACUUUUUAUUGUAAGAGGUGAGGCAGGACUGCUAUAGAACAUAAAUAGACAGUUUGUUAAUUUGUGCAGUAUAAUAUUUUAAGCUGACAUUUAUCAUUCUUUUGAAGGCCAAGCAGAACCAGAAUAGAAGAUACAAAGACCCUGCUUAUUCGUUUAUGGAGCUACAUUUUUUCGGUCCACAUUUACUUUCUCUCGCAGGUUAGGCAGCACCAGACUAGAGCAACUUUAUAGACCCUGUAAUUUACAAGAUAGUGUAACCUGAGUGUUAGUUUGCCCAACCCAGGUGAAGCAUUGCCAAAGUGAGCUUACAAGGAGGACAGAGAGGCGUGCAAUCCCUCACAGCACAGACAGGGCAGAGCGGCAGGUGCUAAAAGGUAAAGUUAAAGGCCUUGUUUCUAUUCAGCGAUAUUUAAAAGGGGAAAACUAGAAGGGAAAAACUAUCACUGGUUGCAUAUUUUUAGGGGAAACUCCUUGUUGCUCAUAGUUAAGAAUUACAUCAUUUACCUGACCUUUAAAUCACUUGAGUUUAUUUCAUUACCGGUAUAUAUAGUUUAGAGUUUCUUAUGAUUCCAGUGAUUAUUUAGUCUUAGUAUUGUUUAGUUUUGGUGCAGUCAAGAAUUCCAAUGUCAGAUUAAUUUUUCUUUGCCUCCUUAUCAUAAGCUUAGCGAAUGGGUAUAACAUUUUCAACAUAAUAUGCAUCUCAACGGUUAUGUAGAUUGAUUACGCAUAUUUUAAGCUGCCAAAGUGGUUCAUUAGUACUUCAUUUGAUUGUGUUUGGUGACCACUGAUGAACAAAUACCAGAAUGCCUGGGAAAGGAAUGCAGUGACUCCCCAAAACCUACCUUGCUUAUGGUGAGUCAAAUAAUCAUGCAAAUCUGGACUGUAAAUGACCUUAAGAGUGCACUUCAGAUCAGGCAUGGCUUUUACCUUAAGAACAAACUUAUAACGUGCUUUUAAAGAUGUAUAACAAGUGAUAUAAGACAGUAUAGAGGUAUAAUGUAUAAAAGAAGGUCUUGUAUUGGAUAAUUAUGCAAAAACCAAUAUUUUGAAACCCUCGUGCUUGGAUCCAACAAUAUGAAGUCAUUAAUCUAAGGUUGCUAUUCCCUGUAUACUCAGUACUACUAGCUUAUGUGAAUAGCUAGCAAACACCUGAGUGAUAACCAAUGGCUGUAUGUAAGUUGUAUAGAAAAUAGUCUCAGUCCAGUGAAUCUGAUGUGCUUGAUGCAAAAAUAAUGCGAGUUUGCGGUCACAUACUUCGUCGAGAGUUAGGUUGAGAGGAAAGCUUAAGUUGUUCAUGUGUCAUAACCCGAGUAAGUUCCUAAGUGUAGUAACGUGUUUUAAGCCAUAAGAGUGAAUGCCUUAGCCUCCCAGCAGUAGGGGGCGGCCUCUGUUACCAGCUUGUGUCAUCAGUAUGUCGUGAUCAAACACUGUGAUGUUUUGUAUAAUGGAAGACUCAAUUAUAUCGGUCGUAAGCGUAUCCAUAAACUUAGAGCCAGACCCACAUGUCCUGUUGAUUGCAGUACGUACGUAGCCAAUAAAGAAAUGUCAAAACGAAGGAAGA